UCAUGUUUCUACCCAACGUUUACACAAAAGAGAAUUUUUAAAGGAAAAAAUGAAGCGACUUCUAGCCUCUACUCCUAUCGACGCGGAAACUUGGAGAACUAGAAAUCAAGAAGUUGACAAAGAAAAUGAAAGAACGGAUAAAUACAAGGGUAUUCUUACUCCCGGUCUUACUCCUGUACCUCAUGCCUACCCGGAUACCCGUGGUUCAACCCCUGAAAUUUCUACUCCUGCUCCAGUCAACAAAUUGCUAGCGUACUUAUCAGAAGAAAACUCGCUAGGAUACCCUCAGCCACCCGGAAUAGGAGCUCUAGCGGCGUCAACCCCAGCAUAUUUAGGCAAAAAUCCUCCUACUUUUGCUCCGAGUGUAGUUGGAGAAAAUAUAAACCAAGGCGCGGAGUUCAGGGGACAUAACCCAUUCAGGUUCGGUUUUACGGAACAGACUGAAAGAUCGUUGAGAAAAAUGAAAAUUCCAGGAGAUACUAAUUCCGGAGUUGGGUUAGGUUCUAUUAGAGAAAGCACUCCAGGGUUUAUCUUUGGACAUCAAGUAGAAAAGACUAACGGGCAUGGGUUUGUAGAUCUAGGUGGAGAGACUCCAGGGUAUAGUUUUCGUACUGGAGAGACAAAUUCUUUCUUCGGGUUUGGUGCUAUUGGAGAAAAAACUCCAAGAGAAGGUAUUAAUAAAACAGUAGAUACUCCCGGAGUGGAGAUUGAAGACAAGAGUACAGAUUGGGGAAACUUCUUCGAUAGGUCCAAGCACAGAUUUGGAAAUGACAACGUUUCAUUUGGGCCAUUUGAUUUUGCAGGUACUGGUGGAACUGGUGAGAACUCACUGAGUUUCCAAAUUAAUUUACCAGACAAACCUCCUGUCACCAACUUCAAUCUAUUCAACAGUGAAGAAAGAUUGAACGAAGAGGAAGAAAGAGAGAAGAGAAAUAUAUAUUUUCCAAUUGGGGAUGAGUCUAGGAAUCUGUACCUAGAAGAGGGAUCUGAGAGAGCUGAGACUUCGUUUAAACUUCCUUGUCCGGAACCUCGUCCCAACUUCUCUCCUCCGAAACCAGUUUUUAUGCACCAGACUAAGGGGUGUUCCAAUCGAAGUUCAAUGGCCAGCAAUUUGUAUGGGCGAGGUAUGGAUCUUUCUUUAGAUGAAACUCUACAGACGGGACCAGCUAGACCAGGACGAGUAGACUCGGACUUGGAGCAGGGAAGCACGAGCGCGUUGCACAAGGAUACUGUUGAAAAGCUGAACGAGUUCUCUGCUCGGUUGCGUGCGUUAAAAUCUCCGGGUGUUAAAAGAGCUCCAGGUUUCGGAUUGCGACCUACCCCAAGAGGAACCUCUACUCCUAAGAGCGCUGGAACCCGAACCCCCCGAACUCCUAAAUCUGUUGCGUCUACUCCGUGUCAUAAUUUAACCCUGGUCCCAGAACCAGACUUGAUCGCCGCCAUUAUGGAAGGUCGUGGGACAGCCAAGGGAGAGGUUGGGAUUGCUGCAAUACAGAUCUCUAACCCUGUUCUCUUUCUUUGCCAGUUCUCUGAUAGUCCAACCUAUCCUAGAACCCUGAGUAAACUACUGAGCUUCAACCCUGCGGAGAUUAUCUGUCCUGGGAACACGAACCUUUAUGCUCAAGGAGAUCAGAGAAACAAGCUGAAUGAAGAGAUCUUGAUCCAUCUCCCGAAUUCCAACCUUGUUCCUGUACAGAGGAAACAUUUUAACGAGAGUAAGGGUGCGACCCUGCUCCAGCAGCUUGUAACCACUGAGAACCAGGGAACCCAGCUGCAGUAUCAGAACAAGUUCUAUUCACUCGCCGCAGCUUGUGCUCUUCUUAAAUACCUAGAGUAUACAGAAAAUAUCCAGUUUCAAAGUAAAUCUCUCCGAGUUGAAUACCAGACAGCGGAGAAGUGCACAACUAUAGACCCUGAGACUGCGGAGCAGAUUGAACUCAUGUCAAGUCUUGGAGAUAAAAAAUCUAAGCUUUCUCUUUUUGGACUUCUCAACAAAUGCUUGACUAGAGGGGGGAUCAGGCUACUGAGAUCCAACCUUUAUCAACCUCCAAUACAUCCGCAGAUGAUUGGUGAAAGGUUGGAAGCAGUUGAGGAGUUGGUAGAGAAUCCAGAGUUAUAUACAGCACUCAGAAACUCUCUCUCCAGGUUUCAAGAUCUAGAACUGAUUCUGUCUCUAUGUGUCCGUCAGAGUAAACCCAACGUUUCCACACACAUCCUAGACCAGAAGAUGGAUCGAAUAAUCGGACUAAAACAGGUUUUAGAGUUUCUAGUUCCUCUAUCUGAAAUCCUAGCUCCCUCUACCUCCACCCUCCUGAAGGGGGCCAGGGACCUCGUCGUUAAACACGGGAAGAACUGUCAGCUUCUCCUCCAGAUGCUUCAUCUCGUUAUCAACGAGUCAGCGACCUCGUCGAAGAAUGCGACCUCGAUGAGGUUCGCGAGGGCGAUGGCAAUCCGUCCAAACACGAACGGAUUGCUGGAUCUGGACAGAGCAGCUUUCUGUGAGAACGUCGAUGAUUUAGAGAGACAUACCAAGAGUCUAGAGGAGGAGUACCAGCUGCCGGUUAGAUUGGUCUGGUCAGGAACGCGUGGCUUUUAUAUCAAUAUACCCCAGGAGAAAGGAAGAACAUUAAGGAUUGAAGAACUUCCAGAUAUUUUCCACAGAGUUCAGAAGAACAAGAACUCCAUCACUUGUGUCACAGAGUUUAUGCUGAUGAAGGAUCGUUUAAUUCAAGGAAAUAUUCAGGAAAUAACCCUGAUAUCUGACACUAUCCUAGAGGAACUUCUAGCUGAGGUUAGAGAAUAUAUAUGGUUUCUCUACCAGCUGAGUGAAACUGUUUCUCUUAUUGACCUUCUUCUUUCUCUAGCCGCAGUGUCAAUGAACCAGGAUUUUACUAAGCCGGAGUUUGGGGACAGUAUUGCAGUGAAGGGAGCUCGGCAUCCCUUCCUGGAGAUGAUGGAUGUAGAAGUUGUCCCUAAUGAUAUACUCGCUGAUCCUGAUCACAGGAUAAUUGUUCUAACAGGACCUAAUAUGAGUGGUAAGUCGACCUACCUGAGACAAGUUAUACUGAUCAGUAUCAUGGCCCAGGUGGGGUGCUUCGUGCCCGCUCAAUCAGCUGUUCUUAGAAUUCCAGAUCGUAUAUUUUCUCGUGUAUCCAACCGUGACAGUAUCGAGACUAACUCCUCCACCUUCAUGAUGGAGAUGAGGGAGAUCUCCUUCCUUCUCCAGCACAGGACAGACAGAUCGUUGAUUAUAAUUGACGAGCUGGGCCGAGGAACUGGAGUAGAUGAAGGUUCAGCAGUCUGCUGGGCAGUAUGUGAGGAGUUACUCAAGGGUGGAUCCUACACCUUCCUAGCAACCCACUUCCAGCUUAUACCUCUUCUAGCAAACAUAUAUCCAGCUGUAGUUAACUAUCAUUUCCUGCUUGACAGGGACCAGGAGCAGGAGGUUCAUUUUACUCAUGUACUAGUGAAGGGACGGAAUAGUGUUGAGAUAAAUGAGAACUAUGGGAUACAUCUUGCUUCUUUUACCUCCCUCCCUCCCUCUGUAGUGAAUUCAGCCAGAGGGUUUUUAUCCAGGAUAUCUAACACAGAACACAGAGUUCCUUCUUUAGACAGGUUUGAUGAAAGUUGUUUGAACUUAUUGAGAUCUGUUAAAGGAUUGGUCAGGAUGGGUAUCAGAGACGAAGAUCUAGUUCAGAAUCUCAGGAUGUUGAGAGAACAGUUUCUACAGGAAUCUCCGAACUAGGGGAAAAUCAAAAGCUCCUAGGAUAGAUAAAUCUAAAUCAGCGGACUUAUUAUUAUAAACUACCACAACAUCGUGUUAAGUUAAUCCACAGCAGUGAACUGAAUGAAUAAACACUUGAAUCAGUAAAUGCGCCAAAAUCAGUGAAACAAGAAAAUUGAAUGGAUGGCCAGGAUUAGGUAUUCCGCCUGUUCAGACAACUCACAGUAUUGAUGCCAGAGAAUGUUUGGUUGCUAGGUCUAACUUUAUACUAGAAACCAAGGUUUAUUGAUACAAUUUCUGCAACUUUGCUUCAUUUACUUGCAAAGUGCAUUUUGAUGCUACAACGAGUUGAGAAUUCUAGUGUUGGCAGUGUAGGGAUAAUGUACAACUUUUCCAUAGAAACUUUAUUCACAUCAAAAUAUAAAAUUUAUGAUAUAAAAAAAUUAAUUCCCCUGAAAAUGUUUGAAAGUUAAGUUGAUGUCACAGGGAGAUUUUAUUAUCUAUAAAAGUUUGAUCCUUGUAUUUAAUAUUUAUCCAUCCUUGGGUUCCAGGUCAGGGUUCAAUAUCUGGAGUAAAACUAUCUGGUUCCAACCCAGGAUAGGAUCGCGAGGAAGAGCAGGGUUCAGAUUCUCACGAAAUAUAAUUGAUUUCAAAUCGAGUGUUUUCUUGCAUGCUUGGCAAGCAGGUCCCUUAUAAUUCAUUAACUAGAAAUUCUGGGAGAAAACUCUAAUGAUGUCUCUUAAUCAGUUUUAAUCAUUAUAUCUUAAUUGAGAACCUACAUGUAUCAACUUUAAUAAUUGUUUUAAAAUGUAAUCAUUUGUAUAUUCAUAUUUUUCAGGCAAUCAUAAAAUAUCGUACAUUAUGUUCAUUUGGUAAAAUACUAAAUCUUAAAAAGAUUGUCACAAUUUUUUUCUCUAAUUCAGGUUUAAU